UGGAGUGGAUUAGCAGAACGGAGACAUUGGAUUCAAUAUCUAUUUAAACCACGUCCGGAAAAUCAACGAGCUCACCCAUUCUAUCGUACACUUUACCCGCAAAUAAUUCAAGACAUCGAUAGUAUAGAAAGUAACUGGCGAAACGGGAGACACAUUCUCCAAAGAAUUAAUUGCCGCUCAGAAAACAGCAAAGGCGUUUAUUGUUUGCAAUACGAUGACCAAAAAAUCGUUUCCGGUUUAAGGGAUAACACGAUAAAAAUAUGGGAUCGCAACUCUUUACAAUCGACCAAAGUACUAAUGGGUCACACGGGGUCCGUUUUAUGUCUUCAAUACGAUGACAAAGUGAUUAUAAGCGGGUCAAGCGACGCGACGGUGCGCGUUUGGAACGUAAACACCGGCGAAAUGGUUAACACGCUGAUACAUCAUUGCGAGGCUGUGCUUCAUUUAAGGUUUAAUAAUGGGAUGAUGGUUACUUGUUCGAAAGAUCGUUCGAUAGCCGUUUGGGAUAUGACGUCGCAAACGGAAAUAACGUUGCGUAGGGUUUUGGUUGGGCAUAGAGCGGCGGUGAACGUCGUCGAUUUCGAUGAAAAAUACAUUGUGUCGGCUUCCGGAGAUCGAACGAUUAAAGUGUGGAACACAUCAACUUGCGAAUUUGUCAGGACGUUAAAUGGACACAAAAGGGGGAUAGCUUGCUUGCAAUAUCGCGAUAGGCUCGUUGUAAGUGGAAGUUCUGAUAAUACUAUAAGAUUAUGGGAUAUAGAAAUAGGAAUUUGUCUCCGUAUAUUAGAAGGUCACGAAGAACUUGUGAGAUGUAUACGCUUCGAUUCAAAGCGAAUAGUUAGUGGGGCUUAUGAUGGGAAAAUAAAGGUGUGGGAUUUGGUUGCGGCCCUUGAUCCACGACGACCCGCAAGCGCGCUUUGUCUUAAGACUUUGGUGGAACACACCGGUCGAGUAUUCCGUUUGCAAUUCGAUGAAUUUCAAAUAGUGAGCAGCUCCCAUGAUGAUACCAUUUUGAUAUGGGAUUUUUUGAAUUCGACGGUCGACAACGCAAAUUGUACCCCAAAGCCAAUGACACGUUCGCCUUCACCGUUUGAAUGAAACGAGGAUGUUAAGAACCGGGUCAUAAAAAGAAGGCUACAUCCUAUGGAUGUCUACGCACACGACCAUGUCAAGAUAACAACAAAAAGUAUUAAUCACAAGAAAUUUUUAAAAAAUAAUAAGAAUAAAAACGAGAAGAGAAAAAGAAACGAAUCGCUAUUAAUCAGAAUGUUCUCUUAUAUAGUUUUUAUGGUUUAAAAAUAAUUAAUUAAUUGGAGUAAAAUGUACAUUUGGCGUUUA